GACAGCGCCCCACCCCCACACAGACAGACACCCCCAUAAACACCCACACACAUCCCCACAGACAACUUCCCACAAACACUAUUUCACACCCCCUCCCCCACCCGCCCAACCUCCUGAUAAAGCCGCGGGCCCCCAGCGCCGGCACUAGGCCCUGAGCCUCGGUGUCGCGGUGAUGGGAGACGCGGUUCUGUUCGAGUUGCUGCACCUGGAGAUGGUGGCGCAGGUUUACAAAGAGGCCGAGAGCGGAGACACGGAGCAUGGGAAAUCCAUUUCCACGUUGGAAGGGAUGGGUUUUCGGGCAGGACAAGGUUUAAUUGAGAGAUUCACCAAAGAGACACCAUCCUUCAAAGAUGAGCUGGACAUUAUGAAAUUUAUCUGUAAGGAAUUCUGGACCAACCUCUUCAGGAAACAGAUUGACAAUCUGCGAACAAACCACCAGGGAACCUACGUACUUCAGGACAAUCGUUUUCGGCUCCUCACUCCAGUCUCCAACGGGAAGCAAUACUUGGAGGAAGCACCAAAGUUCCUAGCGUUCACCUGUGGGCUUGUAAGAGGGGCUUUAUCCAACCUGGGCAUUGACAGCACAGUCACCGCGGAAGUUUCAGUAAUGCCAGCAUGUAAAUUUCACAUUAUAAUGCAAAAAUCUUAGAACUGUGAUGUCCACGUUGGUGUUCAAGGAAUGCAGAGGUGACAGUGAAGCUGAAACUUCGAUAGAAAGGAGAAGUUGUGCCUUGCUAUUUGUUUUGUUAUUAUGUGUUCCAGGAGAUGCAUUAAUUGUUUCUCAAUGCAUUAGUGAUGGGGAUUAAAAUCAGCCAAAGUUUCUGAACUGGUGAAGGUAUCUCAAUAAGCACUGGGCACUCACUCGGAGUUGUCACGUUUGGGAUAACCCUGAAAUUGCAGCGAGUUACUGAAGUAUAAUUCUCACGGGCAAUUUUUCCUGAGCAUUCAUUCUCCGAUGUCUCAGCCUCUUCCUUGUCUUUGUCCACCCCUCUCACCCCACCACCUAUUUAUACACCAAUGGGGCAAUACUAAUGGAAGAUCUGCCUCCACUGGAUUCCAAAAGAUGGAAUUUCUUUCCCAUGUGUUUGGACACCCCCAUUGCUUUUCCUUUCCAAAAUAUACUGACAGUCCCUCUUUGUUAUGUUUGGAAUUCUCUCUCUAAUCAGUUAAAACACGUGAGGUGGAGUCUAUUAUAGUUUCUAGGAUUCUGUGAAUGCCAUCUUGAUGCUUCAUAGCAAGAUAUGGGAAUAGCCUCAGACACUCUAGUUGUGUUCUGACGGCAGUAACGCGUGACAUUUUUUUAUGUGAUCUCCUCAAGCAGUUGGGAGACUGGCUUACAGCAGGUCUGAGGCCAUCAGGUUAGGCACAACUGUGCACAGCAGAGAGGAUCACAGCUAGGGUCAUUUUGUUUGGCCACUGUCCUUAUAACUUGGCCCUGCUUUUCAUCAUUGAUGUAGCAUGUUGAAAAGUCAGGAAAGCAACAGGACCUCAAUCUACACUGCUGAGGUGCAGUGUUCGAGGUUUUAAACCAAAAAAUGGUCAAAACCAAAAAAGGGAACUGUUAGUAACUCAAGGAACCAAAGGAGCUCAAAUACUUUACUUAUUUUCUUUUUUCAUUGUGUGAAUGUUUUACUCAAUGCCAAUGGCUCUUCACCACCCACUACGAUUCUGUCUUGUCUGAUGUUCACUGGAAGCGGUCGCUGUAUGAGUUCAUGCACAAGCCAAAUUUCUGAUUAAAAUGCAUCUCAACAAAGUGA